AUGUUUCGCUCUUCUUUAGCAUCAGGCAAAGGCCGAGUGCCAUUCUUGCGCCAACCGAGCACUCUCGCCCCCCGACGAUUAUCAACGCCGACCAAUGUUCUAUCCCGAUACCAUCAGCAUAGGGCCGCGUCGACCGUAACGAGCCUGGACAGUUAUCCUGCAGUGGGGGAGAAGCUCCAUGGGUUUACAGUGCAGGAAAAGAAGCACGUUCCAGAGUUGCACCUGACGGCAAUACGGUUAACACACGACAAGACAGCCGCGGACUAUCUUCACGUCGCAAGGGAAGACAAGAACAAUGUUUUUGGCGUGGGAUUCAAGACGAAUCCUCCAGAUGCGACAGGUGUCCCUCAUAUCUUGGAGCACACGACAUUAUGCGGCAGCGAAAAAUUCCCCAUCCGAGACCCGUUCUUCAAGAUGCUGCCCCGAUCACUCUCGAACUUCAUGAACGCUUUCACCUCGUCUGACCACACGACCUACCCGUUCGCUACGACAAAUCAACAGGAUUUCCAGAACCUCCUUUCAGUCUACCUGGAUGCUACCUUCCACCCUCUUCUCAAGGAGGAAGACUUCAGACAGGAAGGGUGGCGGUUGGGACCAGAGGACCCUCGCGCAGCUCAAACACAAAGUCCAGAGGGCAAACCCGAAGACGUUCUGUUUAAGGGUGUCGUGUACAACGAAAUGAAGGGUCAAAUAUCCGACGCAAACUACCUCUAUUACAUAAAGUACAAGGAGAGCAUCAUUCCGGCCCUCAACAAUUCCGGUGGAGACCCUCAGUAUAUCACCGAUCUGACCUAUAAGCAACUGGUGGACUUUUCCAAGCGGAACUAUCAUCCUAGCAACGCCAAGUUUUUGACCUAUGGUGACAUGCCUCUUAGCGGCCACCUGAAGCAGAUUGGUGCGGUCCUGGAUGGCUUUGAGAAAGGCGCGGCGGAUACCGCAGUCAAGUCCCCGUUGGAUCUUAGCAAUGGGCCGGUGAACAUCACCGUGCCCGGACCCAUCGACACAUUUUCUGGGGAAGACAAACAGUUCAAGACGUCUACCUCCUGGUAUAUGGGAGAUUCCCGGGAUGUGGUUGAGACUUUCUCUGCAGGUAUUCUCUCCUCGCUACUCUUGGACGGUUAUGGCUCACCUAUGUACCGUGCGUUGAUCGAGAGCGGCCUGGGAUCCUCCUUCACGCCGAAUACGGGACUUGACGCAUCUGGGCGCGUUCCUGUAUUUUCUGUUGGUGUGAACGGUGUUAGUGAGGAAGACGCCCCGAAGGUUAAAGAAGCGAUCCAGGGAGUCUACCAGGAGUCGCUUGCCAACGGCUUCGUGGAUGAGAAAGUCCAGGGCUUCCUCCAUCAGUUAGAGCUCGCACUGAGACACAAGACGGCGAACUUCGGAAUUGGCGUUAUGGAAAAAACGCUCUCUUCAUGGUUCAAUGGGGCCAACCCGAUGGAGGAGCUUGCCUGGAACGAGAUCGUCGAUGAGUUCAAGAAAAGGUACCAACAGGACAUGCUACAGAUCCUCACCACCCUUAUUACUGAAACCGAUUUCACUAGCCCAUACGCUCCUGGCAUGAUUCAGGAGCUCCUUCGAUUGACCACGAACGGAGCGUUGGAUGCAGUUGCGGGAACUGGCCAUCGUUUUGCUCUCAAUGCGGCCGCAGCGAGCCUUUCUCGUAGCUUCUGGGUUCAGGAGCAACAAUCCGGUCUUGCCCAACUACAGGCUACCGCGGAUCUUUUGCGUGAUGCAGAGACCUCGCCCGAGCGCCUGGCUGAGCUGAUUGAGAAAUUGCGCUUGAUUCAAUCCUUUGCAAUUUCCAAAUCCCAGAAGCUACGCGUUCGCCUGGUUUGUGAACCUACGAGUGCUCAUCAAAACGAAAGUGUUCUUCAAAAAUGGCUUGCCGGUCUCCCUCAGGUCCAGUCUCCCACUGUCGUGCCCGAUACGAUUCUGAAGUCGGCCGUGGAUAAGGCAUUCUACGACCUGCCAUAUAAGGUCUACUACUCAGGACUGGCUAUGCAGACAGUGCCAUUUGUGCACUCGUCCAGUGCACCUCUCAGUGUCCUCUCUCAGCUCCUUACGCACAAUUACCUCCAUCCUGAAAUCCGAGAGAAGGGAGGCGCCUACGGCGCUGCGGCUACCAACGGUCCAAUCAAAGGCAUCUUUGCCUUGACGAGUUAUCGUGACCCGAACCCUCUCAACACGCUGAAGGUCUUCCAGAACAGCGGAAUCUUCGCCAGAGACCGUCAGUGGUCUGAUAGGGAGCUUAACGAGGCGAAACUGGGCAUCUUCCAGGGCCUCGAUGCUCCCAUGAGCGUCGACGAGGAAGGCGCUAGAUACUUCAUGAGCGGCGUCACCCAUGAGAUGGACCAGCGCUGGAGAGAACAAGUCCUUGAUGUGACUGCAAAGGAUGUCAACGAGGCCGCACAGGCUUUCCUGGUCGAUGGCCCUCGGCAGUCCAUCUGUCUGCUCGGCGAAAAGAAGGACUGGGCGGAGUCCGAGGGCUGGGAGAUGCGAAAGCUGACCAUGAACACAGCUGGAGAUGCUGACGCACAACCCAUGGGCGCUGAUGCUUCUGUCUAA